GACACUCCAAAAAACGGCGUGCCACUCUCUCACUCCUUCCCGAUGCCGCUUCCGCCGACCGCCCAAACCAGCGCCCUAAUCUCGCCGCCGAAUACGACGGCGAAAAUGAUGUCGUGGAACGGUGCCAAGGACCUGGUGAUGACGUCUGACGACAUUCCGUUCGGGACGGGGUCGUGGUAUCUCUACGCCGGCGUCUCGUGCCUGCUCGUCCUCUUCGCCGGGAUCAUGUCCGGCCUUACCUUGGGGUUGAUGUCACUCAACCUCGUCGACCUCGAAAUCCUCCAGCGCAGCGGUAGCCCCACUGAGAAGAAGCAAGCCGCUAAGAUACUACCUGUUGUGCAAAAGCAGCACCAACUUUUGGUCACGUUGCUUCUCUGUAAUGCUUGUGCCAUGGAGGCGCUUCCUUUAUACCUUGAUAAACUCUUUCACCCAGUUGUUGCUGUUGUGCUGUCUGUAACUUUUGUUCUGUUAUUCGGGGAGAUUAUUCCGCAAUCUAUUUGCUCAAGAUAUGGGCUUUCGGUUGGUGCCAAUUUCGUUUGGCUUGUCCGCAUUCUGAUGGCCAUUUGUUAUCCGAUUGCAUACCCAAUUGGAAGGGUUCUUGAUAAGGUACUUGGACAUAGUGAUGAUUUGUUUAGGCGGGCUCAAUUGAAGGCCCUAGUCUCUAUUCAUGGCCAAGAGGCUGGUAAGGGAGGUGAACUCACACAUGAUGAGACAACGAUUAUCAGUGGAGCCCUAGAUUUAACUGAAAAGACCGCAGAGGAGGCUAUGACACCUAUUGAAUCAACAUUUUCCUUGGAUGUUAAUUCAAACUUAGACUGGGAAGCAAUUGGGAAAAUUCUUGCGCGAGGUCAUAGUCGAGUCCCCAUCUAUUCUGAAAAUCCGAAAAACAUUAUCGGCCUCCUUCUGGUGAAAAGUCUUCUCACAGUACGAGCAGAAGCAGAGAUUCCAGUCAGUGCUGUUUCGAUUCGAAGAAUGCCUAGGGUUCCAGCAGAUAUGCCGCUUUAUGAUAUACUUAACGAGUUUCAAAAAGGAAGCAGUCACCUGGCAGCUGUAGUGAAGAGCAAAGGAAAGAGCAACCUUCUGACAAUUCCUGACGUAGAGAAUUUCAAGGAGGAUAAACUGGCACAGUUAAAAUCUCAACUAGCUGCGUCCUUGCCAAUCAAGCAAGAUGACAAAUCAGGGAGUGUUGCUCUCGACAUAGAUAAAGCUCCAAAGUCUCUGACAAACAAGCCAACUGUUCAACCGAAUGGUGCUACAAAUCAAAAUUCAUCAGAGGACAUUGAAGACGGGGAGGUCAUAGGAAUCAUCACCCUAGAGGAUGUUUUUGAAGAACUUCUGCAAGAGGAAAUUGUAGAUGAGACAGAUGUAUAUAUCGAUGUACAUAGGAGGAUACGUGUGGCUGCUGCAGCAGCUGCUUCAUCCAUGGCACGAGCUCCAUCAACUCGGAAGUUGCUUGUAGGCGCUCUAAGUAAGCACGGGCAAACCCCGAAGAAGUCUGCAGAAGAUGAUGGACAUUCGGUGAGGUUUUCAGGGUCUCCACGGGAGCCUCUUCUAGGCGGUAAGAGAUGACAGACUUGUAAGUUGUUCCAGACUUGCGGUUGGAAAAACUAGCUACGAACGCCAGCAGCUAGCGUCCUUCGUUACUCGUCAUGGCACGGAGUUGCGAUCAGCCGCGUGCGAAUAUUACGGUGUUAUCCAUAAGCUAGGGUUUGUAGGUUAUAGUGCGUGCAUGUAAUUUCUGUCUCUGUUUUGUCAAAUCCAUGUCCAUUUCUAGAGCUAGAAAACUAGGUGUGUCCUACAACUACAUUAAACCAUUUGGGUUUAGAAAAGUAUCAUGAGGAUUUAGAUUGAA